AUGCAAGAGAGACUGCAGGAUCCUACAAUGAACUUCAAUGAUGUUGCCCUGGAUUUGAAUUCCCUCCGAAGCCAUUUUAAUGAUGAAAGAGAAGUGUUGAUCAGAGAGUCACUCGAAGAAGAACUCCGUCUCUGUCAAGAAUGGAAUAUUGAAUUUGAAAGACUUCAGAAACGAAAGAAACGAAUGGCUAAUGAGAACUGUCGGGCCAACAUAAAAAUACCAAAACCUGAAGAGCUUGUAUUUAUUGUUCAGUAUGGGGAUGAGAACAUCUUCCCCAAUCAUCGCAAUGCUAUUCAGAUAAUGUUAACCAUCGCAGUUACCAUCGCCAGCUGUGAGAGAUCAUUCAGAUCAGUGCUCUGGUUGAAGAAAAGGAAGAAUGUUCCUUGUAAUUCAGGUGACCCCCAUGACCAGCCGUUUUGUCUCAGUAUGUCGUGGAAUGUGUUGACAGGUGGACGCUUGCUCUGGAUGAAGAGGUUUGCCACAAACGUCGACGAACCUCGUGGAUGGUGGUGGUGGGAGAGAGUGUUGCUGGUGAUGUGGGCGAUGGUGACGCUGGUGCUAACACGAAGUUACUCUGGAAACCUCAUGGCCCUCCUGGCAGUGAAAAACAUUCCUCAGCCAUUCCAGUCACUGAGGGACGUCUUAGAUGACUCGAAGAAAAUCAUGAUCUGGGAGCUCAACUCCUUCACCGUAUCUUUUUACCGUGAAGCGACAUCUGGUAUCUUCACGGAGGUGGCUGCCGCUGAGAGAAAUGGUCGAGUAAUAUUCAACCGACUCUCUGAGUACCCGGACAGCAUCGACCGCCUGGUGAGGGCAGGAAGCCACGUAAUAUUUGACGAGAGUUCCCUAAAGACAUUGAUGGCUCAGGACUUUUCUUUAAAAGGAAAAUGCGACUUUUAUUACUCAAGGGAAGGAUUCUUGUCCACUGUGUAUGGUUUGAUAGGACCCAAGUACAACCCUCUGGUCGCUGCCAUUAGUAGGAGAUUAAUGAGAAUGAGCGAGUUUGGGCUCUAUGACCACUGGCAGAAAGAAAUGGUACCUAAUUCCACCACCUGUCUCAACUUACCCACCAAGAUCUUCAUCAGCAGCACUCUCACAAUCCAUCAUCUAUGGGUUUUAUUUACGAUUGUUGUUGGUGGAUACGUAUUGUGCGUUGUUGCACUGUGUCUGGAACUCCUCGCUGCUCGUCUGCUUCCCUCGACUCCCUUAUUCUUAAACAAUUUAAUGAAAUAA